AUGGUCGAGCACAAUAACCUCAAGAAUUUCAGUAUUGGUGUCUUAGAUGAUUUGUUCUAUCUGCACAUUGCGAAAGACUCUCAUGUCAAAAUCAAUUUUGCAGAUUUGCCUAAAUUGAGUGACGACUCCAGAGUUUGUGUUAAGGCUUGUGCGGCAUUACACUCACUCUAUCGCCAUUACAGAGAAGAUUUUUUGAGCGAUGGUUCCAAUGUUACUGCUUUUGGUUUAUUUAUUAGAUCGCUGCUACCAACAUUGAACCCUCCUCGAGCGCUAGGUCUUAUUCUUCUGCUCGAUCAAGCUCCCAGACAACUUCUUCGUGGCGCAGGAAUUUACUACGCAUUCACGUUCUUCGACCGUCUCGCCUUACAGGUGGUUACAUAUAUACACUCUCUGCCUCCGAACUUACGACCGGAUUUGAAAGAGCAGUGGAUGGAUAAAUUAAACUAUUCAUUCAACCACUGGGUUUACAUCCGAUCUUUAUUUAUUCUCCCCUUCGUCCACUCCGAAUCUCUUCAACAAUCAGCUGUGGCAAAAAUACUCUGCACAGAACUUCGUGUUGCGAUUGAAAAGCAUACUGGAUUGAAAGAUUCAUAUUUGGUGCGAGGAAUUGCAGAACUUGACGGCACGGCCUUUAGUCAUCUAUCACUGGAAGGCCCAGUCAAGAAUGGCAAUGGCAAUGUCAAUAUGGCAUCAUAUGCUUUUUGGUUCCUAGCUCUAUUGGAUGCACAUGCGCCUGUACUGAUAAGAUUUAAUCGAUUCCCCUGGAGAAACAGAGCGCUCGGGAGGAGGGACACAGAAGAAGAAAAGAUCUUUUUACAACAGACAAACUGGUUUGGGUGUAUAUCGGUAGUCAAUGCAGCAACAAUUAAAGAGAGACUUGAAAAUGGCUUGGAUGUGCCGCUGCUGGAUAGAUACAGUGACAGCUAG